AUGGCUAUUACCACUUGGUGCCGGGCCUCAGGUCACGCGGUUUUUAAUCCAUGGUGUGCCGGAAAUAUUGAGAUAGACGUAAAGUCGAAUCGCCGUACAAAAAAUGACAAGCCUCGAAAGAUCCUUACAGAUCCUUACAGACAUGACAUGUACAAAGUUUGCCAAAUAAAUUCGAAAAUGAGGAAAUAUGUUGUUGAACAUUGCAAUUGCUUAUUGAAAUAUUCCAGCUGGGCGGCGGGCGGCGCGCUGGGCGUGGCGGCGGCCGCGCUGGCGCUGACGCCGCGCCUACUGGACCGCGCGCUGCCGCCGCACUCCUUCCGCCACCGCUACGUGGGCGCCUUCAGGUUUCGAUUCUGGGUGUUCGGCGAGUGGCGCGACGUAGUGGUGGACGACAGACUGCCGGCCCGCGCGCACUGCCCGCACGGUGACACGGUACCGGUCCGCGCGCACUGCCCGCACGGUGACCCGGUACCGGCCCGCGCGCACUGCCUGCACGGUGACAAGGUACCGGCCCGCACCGCACGCCAGCACUGCUCGCACGACUUCACGCUGCCGCUGCUGGAGAAAGCGUACGCUAAGCUGCACGGUUCGUACGCAGCGCUGCGCGACACCAGCGUGGCACGCGCGCUACAGGAGCUAUCGGGCGGCGUCGUGCAGAGCUUCUCCCUGCGCUCGCAGCCGCGGGCGAUGACGCUGCAGGUGCUGCAGGCCGCCGCGCCGCGCUCCUCGCUGCUGGUGGCGCAUGGACCGCGCGGGCCGCGGGGAGCGCGGGGCGCGCGCGGCCUUGCGCCGGGUCGCGCGUACGUACUGGCGGGACUGGCGCGCGUGCGGGAGGCCACGUUGCUGUUGCGGCUGCGGGCCCCUGCUGGCGCCCCGUGGUGCGGGGCCUGGGCCCCCGGCAGUGCUGAAUGGGCGGCGCUGGCGCCGCAUGAUCGCGACAUUCUGAUGUCCAGCACCGACUCACCGGACGACUUUUGGAUAUCAUUUGAUGAUUUCGUGGACACGUUCAGUCAGUUGGAGCUGGUGCACGUGGGCCCCGACGACUGGCUGCUGGAGCCCGCGCUGCAGGCGCGAAGGCCCUGGCGGGCCGUGCUGGCGCGGCGUCGCUGGCGCGCCGGGUUCAACGCGGGCGGCCCGCCCAGCGCCGGUACGAGCCCUCUCACCUGCGGCCUCGCCGUCUGUUGCCACUCGUGGACACAUUAUCUCACUGCCACAGAGACCACGGGCGCCAACCCUCAGUUCCUGGUGCAGAUCCCGCAGUCGGAGGGCGAGGACGCCUGCAAGUGCCACGUGGUCGUGGCAGUGACGCAGCACUACGAGCCCGGCCAGAGCGCGCGCAGUCUGCUCACCGUGGGCUUCGCUCUGUAUGCGCUGCGGCCGGGCGCCAGCGCGGGCGCCGGCGUGGGCGCCAGGCCGCUGGACGCCGCGCACCACGGCCGCGCGCGCGACGUGGUCGCCUUCUGCGCGCUGGCGCCCGGCCGCUACCUGCUCGUGCCGCACGCGCGCCGCGCGCACGUCGAGGGCGCCUUCCUACUGCGCGUGCUGACGGACCGGCCCGCCGACGUCUGGGAGGUCAACGAUGACAACCUCAUCGUGCGCGACGUCGCCGCCGACUUGCGCGGCCCUCUCGACGCGUCCACGACCGCCGCCGAGCUGGACGCCGCGGCGCUGCGCCUUGCUCUGCGGCGCCACUGGCGCGCCUGUCUGUGCGCGCCGCCAUCUCUGGAGCUGUGUGGGGCGCUGGUGGCGCUGCGCGACGCGACCCUGGAGGGCGCCAUGCGCGCGGCGGAGCUGCCGGCGCUGCUGGCGCUGCUGGCGGCGUGGCGCGCGGCGUGGAGGCGCGUGGCGGGCGCGGGGCGGUGCGGCGGGGCGCGGCGGCGCGCGUCGUCGUACUGGCUGCGCGAGCUGCUGCGGGAGGCGGGCGUGUCGGCGUCCAACAAGGUGCUGGAGGCGCUGGUGCUGCGGUUCGCUCGCGGCGCGCGGCUGACGCACGAGGCGUACGUCAUGGCGCUGGCGCGGCUCCACGUGGCGCACGAGCGGUUCCGCAGUCUGGACGCGCGCCUCAAGUGCAACCCGGUGUCCCUGGAAGAGAUGAUCCUGAUGACGAUCUACUCGUGA